AUGGACUACACAAAUUUCCCCAAUCUGAGCAGUCUAUAUUCGCCGAAUAGAGAAGCGUGCCUGGUACUAAACAAGACCAAAAUCUUGAUUAAUCUUUACGAAGGCAUCCCGGAAACCUUGCUGCUAAACGUGAUAGCGUGGUUUUUUCUGGUUCUCUUGUUUACACUGCUUCGUCAACAAGCAUGGGACUAUGGGCGACUGGCGUUAGUCAACAGCCACGGUGAAAAUAAGCGCUGGACGCAACUUUUCUAUGCCCACGGUAACGUGCCCGGACUCGGUGGAUCGAUAAGCAGCUCGACAGAAACGUCGGAUACAUUAAACAGUCUCAACAUCGAUCGAGGAUUCUUUUCGUGGAUAGUGGCCACGUUUCGUUUGACCAAAGAACAGAUCCUUACUCACAGCGGGCCGGAUGCAGUGCACUAUCUGUCCUUUCAGCGGCAUCUGAUCACGGUGAUGGGUAUUAUGACGGUGAUUUCGAUUGUGAUUAUACUGCCCAUCAACUUUUCCGGCACGCUCAGUGGGGACAAAAACUCGUUUGGCCAUACGACGAUUUCAAACCUCGAUCCCGACUCACCAUCAAUGUGGGCGCACGUCGUUUUUGCUAUUGCAUAUGUCCCCAUGGUCAUGUUAAUUAUGCGGCGUGCUUCAGGACGCAACGCGUUCAAAACAGCGCCGACUCGCACAAUUAUGGCAACAAACAUUUCUAAGGCAGAUUGUAAGGAAUCUGAGAUCCAGACGUACCUAAAACAGAUCUUCCCGAACAUUUCGAUAGAAGACAUUCAACUAGCGUACAACAUCUCGAGUUUAAUCAAGACGGCCGAAGAGUACGAGCGUACGGUUGAGGCGCGAAUGUACUGCGAAGCCCACAGAACCCGGGAUGCAAUCCAAGCCCAACCGUCGUUUUUCAGUUGCAAAAAGGUGGACGCCCUCAAGUAUUACAAAGAUAAUGAGACAAGGCUAGCUGGCGAGGUAGAGCGGCUACGAGCGUCUGCUCUGAACGAGCCGCUCGGUAUUGCAUUCGUGACGUUCAACUCAGCCCAAGAAGCGCAACAUGUCAUGCUACGCUUUAAGCCCGCAACGUAUCGAGAAUGGAACCUCUCGUUUGCUCCAGCACCGUCCGACAUCUUUUGGGGAAAUCUGAACAUUGACACGGCGCAAUGGUACUGCAAAUGGGCAACGGUUAAUUUCGCUUUGUUUCUCUUUCUGUUUUUCCUCACCACACCAGUGAUCAUCGUAAAUCAGCUCGAUGCGCUGUCCCUAACGAAGAACACUACAUCGCAGAUCAGCAAGAUCAGUCCGCUCGUGUCGGAGUUUUUGCCCACGCUGCUGCUGUGGUCCUUGUCGGCCAUUAUGCCGGUCAUCGUCGCAUACUCGGACACUUGGCUAUCGCAUUGGACACGAUCACGGCAAAACUAUCUGAUUAUGACAAAAACCUUCGGUUACCUGUUGUUCAUGAUAUUGAUUCUGCCCUCGCUCGGGCUGACCAGCGCCCAGGCGCUGCUACAAUGGACGAUCGAGUCGAACGAUACGUACCGUUGGGAAUGCAUCUUUCUGCCGGACAAGGGCGCCUUCUUCGUGAACUACAUCAUCACCGCCGCGUUCAUCGGUACAGCUCUCGAAUUGAUCCGCUUUCCUGACCUGAUCUGUUACCUCUGGAAGCUAGCAACGGCAAAGUCCCGCGCAGAAACGCCCUACAUACGGAAAUCAAUUCUGAUUACAUUUCCCUUCGGUAUUCAUUACGCGUGGAUGGUGAUGGUGUUUACAACCAGUACCGUGUACAGCCUUGCCUGUCCGCUGAUCAUGCCCUUUGCCAUGGUGUAUAUCUCGCUGAAGCACUUCGUGGACAAGCAUAAUCUCUUCUUUGCUUUCGCUCCAUCCAACAUGAUCAGUCAAGGUAGUGGAGGCAAAAUUCACAGCACUGCCGUGACGAUGACCAAAUUUUCAGUCGUUUUACUGCUGAUCAUCAUGGCGGCGUUGGCCGUAGUACGUACCGGUCAGGUUGAGCUACGGGCCGUUGUGUUGAUUAUGGCUCUAUGCGUGACGCUAGUUAUGUACGCGUGUAUGUCACCAAUCAAGCGUUGUACCACAAAGCCGCUACGCAUCGUAGAAACGGACGGACCGGCACCUGUAUACGCUGCGGAUGUACUAAUAAACCGACGCAUGCUGGCGGAUAGUCCGUCCCAUCUAAGCUAUGGAUCCGAUACAACCAUGCACAUUGCGAUGGAUGAUGCCGGUGUCAGUGUGACUGCAUAAAGGGCGCUCUUCACU